UGCGGCCGCUCACCCAUUUAUCAAACAGAAAGCCUUCAAUUUUACGGAAGAUCCUGAGAGAGAACGAAAAAAGUUGGGGGGAAGAAAAUGGAGGCGAUCGAUUACUUGCGAGACGAGAGAAAGGCGGCGCAGUUUGAUGUGGAGGCGAUGAAGGUUGUUUGGGCCGGAUCGAAGCACAAUCUCGAGAUCGCCGAUCGAGUUUCUCGCCUUGUCGCCAGCGAUCCUGAGUUUCGCAAGGAUACAAGGACGAUGCUCGGUCGAAAGGAGUUGUUUAAGAAUACUUUGAGAAAAGCUGCUUAUGCCUGGAAGCGGAUCAAUGAGCUGCGUCUCUCUGAAGAAGAGGGGUCAAUGUUAAGGUUCUUCAUCGAUGAGCCUUCUUUUCUGGAUUUGCAUUGGGGAAUGUUUAUUCCUGCUAUAAAAGGACAAGGUACUGAUGAGCAGCAGAAGAAAUGGUUGACAUUAGCCUAUAGAUUGGAAAUAAUUGGCUGCUAUGCACAAACGGAACUUGGCCAUGGUUCCAAUGUCCAGGGACUUGAAACAACUGCAACUUUUGAUCCGAAAACUGAUGAAUUUGUCAUUCAUAGCCCUACUCUGACUUCAAGUAAAUGGUGGCCCGGGGGCCUUGGCAAAGUUUCCACACAUGCAGUUGUUUAUGCUCGUCUUAUCACUGAUGGGCAAGAUUAUGGUGUACAUGGUUUCAUAGUCCAGCUACGAAGUUUGGAUGAUCAUUUACCUCUGCCUGGCAUUACUAUUGGUGAUAUCGGAACAAAAUUUGGAAAUGGUGCAUAUAACACUAUGGAUAAUGGUGUUCUAAGAUUUGAUAAUGUGCGCAUACCAAGAGACCAAAUGUUGAUGAGGCUUUCAAAGGUGUCCAGGGAGGGAAAGUACUUGCAAUCUGAUGUUCCAAGGCAACUUGUUUAUGGUACAAUGGUUUUCGUUCGUCAAACUAUUGUUGCCGAUGCUUCCAAAGCAUUAUCUAGAGCUGUUUGUAUUGCUGUAAGGUAUAGUGCUGUUCGUAGACAAUUUGGCUCGCAGGAUGGAGGUGCUGAGACCCAGGUUAUUGAUUACAAAACUCAGCAAAGCAGACUCUUUCCAUUGCUGGCAUCAGCUUAUGCUUUUAGGUUUGUAGGAGAAUGGUUGAAAUGGUUAUAUGCAGAUGUGACUGGAAGAUUACAAGCCAAUGACUUUUCAACUUUACCAGAGGCUCAUGCAUGCACUGCUGGAUUGAAAUCUUUGACAACUUCCGCGACAGCUGAUGGCAUCGAAGAAUGCAGAAAACUUUGUGGUGGUCAUGGUUAUCUUUGUAGCAGCGGGCUUCCAGAAUUAUUUGCGGUCUAUGUUCCUGCUUGCACUUAUGAAGGAGAUAACAUUGUUUUGUUGUUGCAGGUUGCAAGGUUUCUUGUGAAGACAGUUUCACGGCUGGGAUCUGGGAAAAAGCCUGUGGGUACCACAUCAUACAUGGCGCGGGCAGAACACCUAAUGCAAUGUCGAUCUGAUGUUCGUCAAGCUGGGGACUGGUUGAACCCUUCAGUCAUACUGGAAGCAUUUGAAGCCAGGGCUGUGAGGCUAGCUGUUAAUUGUGCCCAAAAUAUUGCCAAAGCAUCAAGCCCAGAACUAGGGUUUGCAGAUCUCUCUGCUGAUCUAGUGGAGGCAGCAGCGGCUCAUUGCCAGUUGAUUAUUGUAUCAAAGUUCAUAGAUAAGGUGAAACAAGACUUGGAUGGAGAUGGAGUUAAAGAACAAUUGCAGAUCCUCUGCAACAUUUAUGCUCUCUCCCUGCUUCACAAGCAUCUAGGGGAUUUUCUCUCAACGAGUUGCAUCACCCCCAAGCAAGCUGCCCUAGCCAAUGAACAACUCCGUGAUUUAUAUUCUCAGCUGCGUCCCAAUGUUAUCGCACUUGUUGAUGCAUUCAACUACACCGAUCACUACUUGGGUUCCAUUCUUGGUCGCUAUGAUGGAAACGUGUACCCGAAUCUCUAUGAGGCAGCAUGGAAAGACCCCCUCAAUGACUCGGUUGUGCCAGAUGGAUACCAUGAGUACAUCCGUCCUCUGCUCAAGCAGCAAUUCAGGGUUGCUAGACUAUAGAAUAUUAUAGAUACAAGAUGUUCUAAGGUCAGUGCUAUCGGUGCUCUCUAUUGCUCGCGGAACUCGGAAAUAUUUACAAUAUGUCAAAAGAUACUAGAUAUUUAUAGGAAUAAUGAAGCCGUUGUUGGAUGGAAUAGUCUUGUGAGAUCACGUCAGAGCAUCAUACCACUGUUCUGUUCGAAAUCGUGGUUCGGGGGGCUUCUUUAUGAACACUAUUGUUUUAUUUAUGGACAAGUUUUCUGUGUUGCUGUUUACUGUGGUUGCAUGUUCUGAAAAUGUCAAACUCCCGUAAUGCUAUAUGUUCAGCAUCAUGCAGUUUUAAGUGCAGGCAGGAUGGGGUAUAAGAUGAAAUUAU